AUGACGAUGCUCCUGCCCUUCGCCCUAUUCUUCUUCCUUCUUAUUCAUUCGACCCACUCUUCUGGAAGCGCAGUUCGACUCAUGACCUUCAACAUUUGGCAGUCCGGUGUCAAUGUCGAGAACGGACAGCAGAAGAUUGCCAAGCACAUUCUGAUGGUCAAUCCGGACGUCGUCGCCCUGCAGGUCCUCUUUUAUCGCUAUUGUCGGACAACACAACUAAACGUUGCAGGAAGUGUACGCGAAUGUGACCAGAAACCUGACACUGAUGCUCGGCCAUCCAUGGGUGGCCGUCGAGCACAAUCAUCCCGAAUACCCGGACACUGCCAUCCUCACCCGACACGUCGUAAUUCCCAACACGAAUCUCUCGGCAUCUGGAGGCGUAGGAGUUGAGAUCAUGCUCAGAAACGGGUAUAAAAUCAAUGUGCUGGCUCUGCACCUCGACUACACAUCCUACGGACCAUACGCGGCCAACAACAAGCUGGUCAAUCGGAUCGAGCAGAUUAUGGCCGGAGAGAACAUUGGUGGGGUGGAAAGAAGGAGAAGCGGAGGAGGAUUAGAAUACAAUUGCAGGCAGGGGACUCCAAAUAUACGACAUUCUCAAGCUGCCGAUAAUUAAGACAUGGAUGGAGAAAGCGGAAGACAUUCCGAUCUUUGUGGCCGGAGAUUUCAACGGACCGUCUCAUCUGGAUUGGACCGAACAAACGAAGAAGAUCCAUGGGGACUGGGUGGUACGAUGGCCGGCCACGAAGGAACUCGCCGAUGCCGGAUUCACGGACACUUUCAGAGAGAUCUAUCCGAACGUCGAGACGGAUCCAGGUGAGCUGAAAGCUGAACUAAAGGAUAUUCCGAUAGAACUUUGAAUUUAGGAUUGACUUGGUCAACUGUGAACAAGUUCAAUCCUGAGUGGAACUAUACGAUACCAGAGCCACAGGAUAGGAUUGACUUCCUUUUUUAUAAAGGUAAGGGUUGCAUUCACUCUAUUACUAUACAUUUUCAUUUCAGGUCCGGUAGUUCCAUAUCAAAUUCUGAUGUACAGUGGAUGUGAGAAGCCGCAAAGAAUACCGUUCCACGAGAAGAACGACUAUCCGUCCGAUCAUUUCGCCCUCUUUGCCGACUACACUUUCAUGUGA